GAAUUAAGAUACACGUCUAUUUGUUCAAAAUGUAAAAAGGGGCAACCAUCUGCCCCCGUGGCUCCGGCGCCCCUUGUUAGCUGCCGUAGACAGAAUUUCAACUGAAUUGACUUAUUUUGACUGCAUGACUGCCAUAACAUCAACGAAUUGUUCAAUUUGUUGAGUUUGUUUCAUCAUGCCAAAUGCUGUCUGAGUCUGUGUUUAUAGAAACCAGGUAAAGACUUUUCAAACAAAUGAUAAUAAUUUCUCUAGAAAAAACGGCAAAAGUCUUUAUAUGACAAUUACUAAACACGGCUGAGCUGCAGCGUGUCAAAUAUUAAAGUAAUUUCUACGUGUCAUUGAUGGAAUCUAGUAUGCAAAAAUUGACCUAAUAUGUCAAUGCUGUACAGUACGUGCUUCUGUAAAUAAAAGACAUAAUUGUUCCUUUUAUGUUCUGUUGUAUGCAAUAUGCAUUAGUUUAAACUGAAAUUAUUUUUGUUCGUUGUCAUUUUAUGUGAAUGGGACAAGUGCAAACUUUAUCUGCUUGUCUUAAUAAAAAUGCGAACCAAGAACGAUAUUUUCCCAACUUGGCUACACUUCCACCUGAAAUGGCACAAUUUGUAUUGUCGUAUCUAAACGCAACUGACUUAUGUCUUGCUGCCUGUGUCUGGGAACAACUUGGAAAUGAUGAUUUACUUUGGCAAGGACUUUGCAAGAGUAACUGGGGUUAUACAACAGCAUAUCAAUGCAAAAUGAAAAACUUCAGUUUCAAGGAAUUGUAUAUGCACUUGGAUGAAGGAACACUCACCUUUAACUAUGAUCCUGACAAGGGAAUUUCUUAUCUAGUAGCUCAAAACAUUCUUGAGGACAAACCUGUUGCAAUUGCUAAAUUCCUUUGCAACACAAAAGUUGAUCUUCUUAGACCAGAAAGAAUAUCUGAUUUUCUAAAGAUAAGGAGAGACAUUUUAGAGGAAAUGGUUUCCUUAUUAAAGUUUCAAUCCUAUUCAUUGCCAAAUGCAUUAAGGCAAUUUUUCAAGCUUGUCAGCCCGCCUUCAACCAGAGGAGAGUAUUUAGAAACACUUUUAAGUAUGUUUUCAGCACAAUACUUAAGAUGUAAUUCUGAAUGUGGACUACCACAAGAAACUGUUUACAUCCUGUGUUACUCGUUAAUUCUAUUAAGUGUUGACUUGUAUAGUCCACAGGUAAAGCGGAAAAUGACCAAACGAGAGUUUGUUAAAAAUUUGCGUGGCAUUGCGAUAAGUGCGUGUGAUGAUUUUAUUGGAGAUUUAUAUGAUGAUAUUUACAUACAAGGACAUAUUGCAAAACCAUUGAGUAAAGUUUGUAUGAGAAAUCCAAUGCUUCCAUGUGAACGUCCUUAUGGAAAUAUUUUUGUAAUAGCAUAGACUGUUUAUACGUUAUGAAGACAGUCCACCAUCGAAUUGUAUGUGUUCCAAAACAUCAUGAGACUGCUGUAGAUAAAAUGGCCACAGACAUUGUACGAUGAUAAUCAUAAACAACAGAGCCAAUUAUUCAAGUUGGUGAGGUGUUGCGAGUUUUGUAUUGAAAAAAUUUAAACGUGUAAAUAUUUCCCGUCAAUUUUAAUAUCUUUACUGUAGAAGUUAAAAUUGACGUUAAACUGACAUAAUAGACAGACAUUAAACAGUGAGCACGUUUUACUUGAAAGAAUAGCAAAAACGGAAGAAAGAAGAAUAAUUACCAUAAUUGUAUAAUACUAUUUCAACAAUGUUCAACGAUUUACUCACUUUUGUGAUCAUA